UUUUAUUUUGGUCUGUCUAUGUGAGGUCAUAAAGCUGCGCCGCUCUUCUGCAUCUGUUGUGAUUCGGCAGAAGAAAGAAAAACUCCUGGUGAAGGAACUGAGAUCCACGUGACAUUCAGUUAUAAAGAUGGCGUUUAUUAAAGAGGAGAGUGAAGACAUGGAUAUAGAAGAAGCAUUCAGAAUGAAACAUGAAGAGACAGAGGAACAAGCAGAUUUGAUGGCUUUGAAAGAGGAGAGACAAGAAUGGAAUGAAAUGAAAGAGAAAGACCAGUAUGAGAAACAUCAUGAUUUUAUAAAUGGUGAAAAAUCUUUUAGUUGCACACAGACAUCCUCACAAAAAAGAGCUCAAACAGCUGGAAGUUAUUUCACCUGCUUUCAGUGUGGAAAAAGUUUCACUCAAAAAGGAAACCUUAAUGUCCACAUGAAAAUUCACACAGAUGAGAAGCCUUACACAUGCCCUCAGUGUGGAAAAAGUUUUACCCAUAAAGGCAACCUUAAUACCCACAUGAAAAUUCAUACUGGAGAGAACUCUUACACCUGCAAACAGUGUGGGAACAGCUUCUCACGAAAAGGAUGUCUUAAGACUCACAUGAGACUUCACACUGGAGAGAAACCUUAUACAUGCCCUCAGUGUGGAAACCGUUUUACACGUAAAGGAACCCUUAAUACCCACAUGAGAAUUCACACUGGAGAGAAGCCUUACACCUGCAAACUGUGUGGGAACACCUUCUCACGAAAAGAAAGUCUUAAGACUCACAUGAGAAUUCACACCAAAGAAAAGCCGUACACAUGCAUUCAGUGUGGAAAUAAUUUUACACGUAAAGGAACCCUUAAUGCCCACAUGAAAUGUCACACUGGACUUCACUUCUCACAAAAAGGUGAUCUUCAGACUCCUGUCAAAAUUCACACUGGAGAGAAGCCAAGGAGUUUCACAAAUAGGAAACACCUUAAGAAUUGUGUAGUAACUAACACCGGAAAGAAGCCUUUUAUGUGCCAUCACUGUGGAAAGAGUUUCACACUUAAUGGAAACUUCAAGGUUCACAUGAGGAUUCACACUGGAGAGAAGCCUUACACGUGUGAUCAGUGUGGAAAGAGUUUCAGACAUAAAGUAACGCUUAAUUACCACAUGAGGAUUCACUCAAGAGAGAACUGUUUUCUGUGUCAUCAGUGUGGAAAGAGUUUCACAGAGAGUAAAGAACUUAAGAAUCAUGUAAUAACUCAUUGUAAUAACACUGGAGCAAACACUUUCAUGUGCCAUCACUGUGGAAAGUCUUGCAUAAACGCAGCAAACCUUGAGAUUCAUAUACGAGUUCACACUGGAGAGAAGCCUUUUAUUUGUCUCCAGUGUGGAAAAAGCUUCUCACGUAAAGGAAACCUUCAGACUCACGUAAGGGUUCACACUGGAGAGAAGCCUUUCACGUGUCUUCAGUGUGAAAAGUGUUUCACAUAUCAAAGAGACCUGAAACGUCAUUUGCAAACUCAUUCUGUAAAGAAAUUGCAGAUGUCUGAGUGUGACAAGAGGUUUAGAAACAGAAGUCAUUUUAAAAAACACCUGCACGUUCACUCUAGAGGAAAGAGAUUUGAUUAUGUUCAGUGCAAUAAAAAAAUUCUAUUGCCAUCAAACUUACAGAUGCACCUGAAAAGUCAUGCAUAUGUGAGACCCUAUUUGUGUUCUAUAUGUGGAAAGCAUUUUAAAUGGCUCAGCAAUUUAAAAUGGCACCAGAAAAUAUGUAUUGUACGAAAUUAAUUUAAAAUGUAUAGCUCAUCACUCAUAUAUUUGAUUCCAUUUAAAACUUUUAAAAUAUUAAAUUAUUAGUAUUAUUAAUAUUAAAAAUAUUAUAUUAAUUUAUUAAUAUUAAAUAUUAGAAUGACAAAAUUAUAUCUUGCUGUGAAAUGCCACAAUGUAAAUGAGAACUCAGAAAUUAAAAGACAAACUGAAUGAAAUAACAAACAUUGUAUUAUCUGAUUUAAAUUUUGCUUUAAACAUGUUUUCAAUCUGAACCUGAAUUUUGCUGUUGUUGGACUUUCUUUGAUGACAUCUGGAAGCUGUUUCCCAUUGUGGGUUGCCUUAUAGCUUAACACUAGGGCCUUUCGCACCACGGGAACCUUUUCAUAGUACCUGAAUUAAUUGUGGAACUACCCACUUUUUGGCGUUUUCCCACGACAGGAACAAGAAACGGUUUUAGUUCUAGGAACUCUGUUUGGAGGAAGUAAAUUAGCUCCUACUUCAGAGCAGGGUCUAAAACAGUUCUAUAGGAACUAUCAGUGACACCAAGUGUAUGCUGAUUGGCCAAACAUACACGAAACACUGGCCACCCGGCAUUUUUAAAAAGCCAUGUAAACAUUUACUCCAUGAACAUGGAAAACUGUGCUUACGUUUUUUACCUGUUGUCUGCAGUGUUGUGUUCUUUUCUCAGCUUCGAUGAUAUGUAACACUGCCAAGUUGUCAUGGAAAAAUGAGUCUCUUAGCCCAAAUUUUUGCUCUUUCAAUCGUGUUAAUUGUGCGUUUACAUCUCCAUCUCCAUUAUAAAAAGACAUCGCUAUCGGCCGCUUCAGAGUUCCUGCUGCCGGUGCGAAUGCAACCAGGAAAACGGCCCGAGUGAGAAAUUGGUUCUCUAGGAACUACCCUACUGGCUAGUUCCUAGAACUACGCAGUGCGAAAGCCCCUACUGUCUCACACAAUCUUAUGUUGCAGACCGAUACUAAAAUUAUAUAAACACCCCCCUCCCCUCUGCUGAACGUCACGGUAUCUUUAUCUUGAUUACAGACUCUCUGGAGCAUCUUCUCCUCUUUUGACUGAACAUGAAAGCCUGGAAAGAGCUAAUGUGUUGCUGGCCUUAGUGCUCGGGAAGGGAAUGAAAACAUUUUUUUUUUUUUUUUACUUAGAUAAGGGGGGAAAAAUUUACCA